AUGGCAGACUGGUCAAUUCUGGGCCGCUUUCUAGCAGAGGUUCAGAAUCAUUCGACGGUCAUCGGUAAGAUCUGGCUGACGGUGCUUCUGAUCUUUCGCAUCCUGCUGGUGACCCUUGUUGGAGAUGCCGUGUACAGCGACGAGCAGUCAAAGUUCACCUGCAAUACGCUGCAGCCGGGCUGCAACAAUGUCUGCUAUGACACUUUCGCCCCUGUCUCACAUUUGCGCUUCUGGGUCUUCCAGAUUGUGCUGGUCUCAACACCUUCCAUCUUCUACAUCAUCUACGUGCUGCAAAAAAUCGCCAAAGACGAGAACCUGGAGACAGAGAGGGUCCAGGCAGAGGCUAAACACUCCGUGGGAGACUAUUCUGGGCAGCUGGAAGGGGACGGUGUCAGAUUGGGAUAUGGACAGCAGGGAGAAGAAUGGAGUGGUCAGGAUGAGGAAAGUGUGGAGCAAAGUCUCCUGCAGGAUGAUUACGGAAAGGCCGGCAAGGAUCCAACCACACUCUCCAGUCAGGUUCUCCUCAUCUAUAUUGUUCACGUCUUGAUCCGGUCCAUCCUAGAGAUCAUGUUUCUUGUCGGUCAGUACUACCUGUUUGGAUUCGAGGUGCCUCAUUUGUUUAGAUGCGAAACGUACCCUUGUCCGACACGGACUGAUUGUUUUGUGUCACGAGCCACUGAAAAGACCAUUUUCCUUAAUUUUAUGUUUAGCAUUAGCCUGGGUUGUUUUCUCCUGAACAUUGUGGAGCUUCACUACCUCGGAUGGAUCUACAUUUUCCGCAUGUUGUGUGCUGCCUGCUUCCUGUGCAUCAGACCAGAGAGGGAGCUGUAUUCUCAACGCAACCCUUUGCUGCUACGCCUCAGACAUUCAAUGCGGAGCAGGCUGGUCCUGCAGUCCCCCACAACCACCUUGUCUGAGGAAAAGACGGGGACGGCUUACCUUUCACAUGGCCCAGCCAUUUCCUUUGAGACUGACUCUACUCUUGAAUGCACCUCAAAGAGGAACCCAGAGGAGAGGGAACGCAUGAGGCUGAAAUUGGCCAACAUGGCUAGAUUUACUGGCAAAAAGUCUUGGUUGUAAUGUGUAUUGAUGAUUUUUAUUUUCUCUUGUUACAUAAGCUCAUUGUAAAUUUCAGUUUAAGGCCUGCUUCACACACCCUGACCAUAUUAACAAGUAACGCAGUUCUGCGUCCAAGAAGCACUGAAAGUCAACUUUUGGAGCACUUCAUGCUGAAAUCAGCAGAAAACAUCUUUUGAAAUAGAAGCUUUUGAAUAAGAUCAACAUAAAAUGAUGGAGUGAAUUAUUUGUUUGAAAAAGACACGUGUUUUUAAAAGAAAUACUUUAGGUAAACUUACUUAAUGUAAGAAAUUAUGUGAAAAUUCGGCCUAGUGUACUGUGCUAAUAUGAGGGAAUUUUCUGUUUUUUUGAUUUUUAGAUUUUUGAUAGGUGUUUCACUUGAAUUAUGCACUGCUUUGUUUUUUAGGGUUGUCUGUAUCUGUCUUUCUUCUAUUGUAGUAACCCAGUAAAUCAUUUUGAGUGUUUAGCUCAAAAUGAGCCCACAGGAUAUGUGAAACAGGCCGAAACUAUUAGUGAUUGAAUAUUAUGUUGUGAUCUUGUCAGCUGAGCUUGUUGUUUUGUCAUGUAGUAACGUUCAGUGCCAUUUUGUGUUUGAUUCAAAUGCUUGCAAUGCUUGACCUAAAAAAGUUUAACCCUUUUAGAGCUUUUAUUAUAAAUCAACAUGCGCACCUUUCAAAAAUUUUGAAAUGUCAUAAAAUGAAUAUUAUAUAUUCAGUUAAAUGUCCAAAUAUGAUCAUCACAUUAUGUAUAUUACAUCUCCUGAAUUGUAUUAUUACCUUACUGUUUUUUGAGAUAAUGACUAUGAUUUAUUAUUUAUUUCUUCGUGACACUGAGACACAUGUAACAACAACUCUUGGGCCAGUGCUUUAUCUGCGAAUGUAAUACUUACCUGCACAUAAGGUUGAUCUGAGUGUUUAUUUAGAUUUAUAUGCAGUGCAAAUGCUUCUGUAUAUGCAAUGCACAGUGAGAGAUUGCUUGACACUCAGUUUACUUUUUAAUGUAUAUACAUUUUUAUUUUUUGAGACAUUGAAAAGUAAAUAUAUUUUACGCUGAACUUCUCUUAGAUUUCAUAAUAUUGUUUCUUUUAAGAAUAGGGCAUAUAGUAUCAGACAAUUCCACAAUAUAUUAUAAAGCAUCACAACUGUUUUCAGCAUUGAUAGCCAUAAAUGGUUCUUGAGCAGCAAAUCAUUGAUUUCUGAAGGAUCAUGUGAAAAUGAAUACUGGAGCAAUGGCUGCUGAAAAUUCAG